AUGCUCGAUUUGAUGGACCCGAUGUUCCUAGUCAAGUUUGGCUCCUACCCGACGAAAACCCACACCCCGACCGUCUCCCGCGAGAGGAUUUUCGAAGGCCAUGAUAUGCUCGCCAUCUUCAAUCACGCCAACCGCAGACGCUUGAACUUCUCAUACCUGCGCAUGGGCUUCAGGAGGGGCACCAACGUCGGGUACGACUUCGUCAGCUUCGACGACCCCAACGAAGAUGCUUCGGCGUGCCUUCCAGGCCAUGGCUGGACUCGCCUGGCGGAGUCUACGUACGGGGUCUGUCAGGGCCAGGACGGCUGUAUCGAGAAGCGGCCUGACCGGAGAGACUAG